AUGGAUAAGAUUUGCGACCUUUUUGGCUUCAAGCAAUGUAAUUCUUCAAUGUAUUAUGUUGCUGCAAAUGGUCUAGCUGAAGCAUUUAACAACACCCUGUGCAACUUGUUAAAGAAGGUUGUCUCCAAAUCUAAAAGAGAUUGGCAUGAUAGAAUGGAAGAAGCUCUUUGGGUAUACGGGACGACUCAUCGCACGGCGACUCAAGAAACUCCUUAUUCUUUUGUUUUUGGAACUGAAGCAGUGCUUUCACUUGAACGAAAAAUACCGUCAUUGAGGGUUGCCAUCCAAGAGGGACUUACUGAAGAAGAUAAUGCUCGUCUACGGCUUAAAGAGUUAGAAGUUCUCUAUGAGAAAAGACGGCUUGCUGAUUGGUCCCACCAAUGGAAAAUUCUUGAAGAAGUACUAUCCUUGAAGCGGCGUCAUACUCCUGGCCCGCAAGAGUAUAAACUGUGUACGGCUCCAAAAAAAAUGUCCGCUAGGUUGAAAAUCUCGAAAAAGGUGGCCUAG